AUGGUCUAUACUUCAUACUUCGUUACCGGUGCUUCCGGGCUCCUGGGAUCUCAAAUCGUGAAGAAACUGCUCGACGCUGGAUAUACAGUCCAGGGAGCGGCUCGUGGAGACAAAGUGUCCCAAUUAGCCAAAAUCUUUGAAACAUACGACAAGUUCACGGUCGUUGAUAUCCCUGAUCUUGCAUCCUCUGAUCUCAACGCGUUAUUCAAGGAUGUGGAAGUUUUGAUCCAUGUCGCUGCGAUUCUACCCUCUUUUCGAGGUCCGAUGGAGGUCGUUGAGAAGUUCGCGACGGAAGGGACGGAGAAAAUGAUGGACGCCGCGCGUCUUGCUGGCGUGAAGAGUAUAAUCGUUACUGGAUCACAAGUGACCUAUAAUAUCGAGGGUCCCUUUGGGCCCCGAGACUGGCGGCCUAUUACAUUUGAGGAUGCCCGGAAGACCACUGAGGCUCAGCACUUCGUCGUUUACAUUGCUCAAAAGAUCAUUUGUGAGCAGACUGUCAUGAAUUGGGCGGAAAAGCACCGCGAUACCAGGGUGGUUAUCAUCGACCCAACAUACAUCUUCGGUCCUUUUGUCCCCAACUACAAAUACAUCGUCAACAACCCUAAACUGUACUCCGUCGAAAGCACCAACUACUUCGUCCAUUUCCUACUUCGACCCGAUAACGAAGUGUUCGUUGUUUAUCCUGGGUGGGUAGAUCUGAGGAACAUUGCGGAUGCACAUGUCAACGCUAUUCACAACACCGCCAUCGACCAACUCGAGCCAAGGGAUCGUCGCUUUCUUCUCGGUGCUCCUGAAGAGCAUAAUUGGAAAAAGGUCAUCGAGCACGUAAAGGAGGUCAGACCAGAGCUUGCCGCCCGUCUGAGCGACCCCGAAAAGGCACCGGUCUGGCCUAUGCAGGUGACUGAUCUUGAGAGGAACGAGAAAUAUCUUGGGAUCAAGAAGGACUCUUAUCACUCCUUCAAUAAAUCCAUCGUGGAUACAAUUGACGGUAUUUUGGAUGUUGAGAAAUAUUGGAAGGAGCAGGGUUUCGAAAUUAGCUUGCCGAACGAGCAUCUGUUCAACUGA